UCGUUCCUAUCCAGUGUGUUUUCUACUAACGUUUCUGUUAGGUUGUUUCCAGACAUCAAACCGCGACGAGUUGACGUUUUUUUUUUGUCCCACCGGAAACCUAAAUAUUGGCGAUUCAGAGCCUAUGUUAAAACUAAUCCUUUGAAUCCAUCUCAUCUACAAUCAGCAAAAAAGCAUGGUUUAUCUUUAUAUGCUUGUUGCAUACCGUUGGCUAAGUCAAUUCCGCGAGGCGUACUCAACAGCAGAUAACGGAUCACAAUGUGCGUGAAAUAUGCUGCAGAAAGUAGCCAAAUUCACGUAUGAGCUCUCUCGGUUCCGCCUUGUUUGUUUGAGGAAAUCGUCGCUGUUUUGGGAAACCGAUCGAUCAGCAACAGGAGGAAAGGCGCCAUACACAGCUUUUUGAUGACGGCGAUUUGUUGUGCAAAAGUCGGUUCAUCGACGAAGAAGACGCGACUAAUAGUUGUAAUUGCGAAACAGCAGGAACUGUAAACUACCCGAGCAAAGUGAUCCUCAAACCCCGCAGAGAGCCGUAUAGGAUCCAACAUCUCAGUUGAGGAUCGAUUCUGCCUGUGCGAUAAUGUGCGGAUAAGAAACACAUCGACUAUUCAGUGCUUUAUAUAGAAUUGUGAUAUCAGAUCUUGCCCUUAGGAUAAGUUCAUAUAAGUAAACCUUCAGCAAAAAAAAAAACAGAAAAAUGCCUUCAACAACCACUGCACCCGUACAGUCACCGAUUUCGCUCUGCCAACGGUCAACGAACUUAAUCGAUGGUGUCCAACCAUUGGAAUACUUCGGGCACUGGGAUGGUCGAGGACGAGCAAAGAUCGUCAAUAACGGAGCAUCGGCUAUGAUAACGUUUUCGGAGCGAUCGUACCAGCCGUUUAUCAUCGGUGGCCCUUUGGACAAUAAGUACAUUUUCGAGCAGCUACACUUCCACUGGGGCGUGGAAGAUGAUUCUGGCUGCGAGCACAUCCUCGAAGGUAACAGCUACUCGAUGGAAGCCCAUGCUGUUCACUACAACGCCAAGUACGGCAGCUUUCAGGAAGCAGUCGACAAGCCUGACGGUUUGGCUGUGAUGGGUUUUUUCGUGCACGCCUACGGUGAUACCGAUUGCCCAGAAUUCGAUAAGAUUGUAAAUGGGAUUAAAUACAUCACGAUGCCCAACUCGGAAGCAGCGAUUGAUGCAGAUUGCCUUUCGUGGAUGGGUCUGCAAGACCUGAGCCGACAUUACUACUCAUACAAAGGCUCGCUCACGACACCUCCCUAUUACGAGAGUGUAACGUGGAUUGUGUACAAAACCCCGGUCUACGUUUCGAGGGCACAGAUUGCCGCCUUCAGGCAGCUACAGUCCUGCCCUAAGGAUGCCAACAAGAAAAUUGUGAACAACUACCGUGCCGUUCAGGUACCCAAAGUGAGUCCGGAAGUAAUUUUCGUACGCAACAGCGGGGGACGAAUUCGGUCUAAGUUGUGAAAUUCAUUUGUUGAACCUUUUUUUGUACCACCAGGACGUAAUUGCAUAUAAUGCUGCAUGUUGUAAAAUAUAGUGUUAAGAUGAAUAGAUCGUUGUUAUUUUAAAAAUAAAA